AUGUCCUUUGUAUUUCAGGGGCUGCUGACAUUCCAGGAUGUGACCAUAGAUUUCACGCAAGAGGAGUGGGAAUGCCUGGACCUCGGUCAGCGGGAAUUGUACAGGGACGUGAUGUUAGAGAACUACGGGAAUCUGGCCUGCUUGGGUCUUGUGGUCUCUAAGCCGGACCUGGUCACAUUUCUGGAGCAAAUGAAGGAUCCCUGGGAUGUAAGGAGAAUGGAGAUAGCCAUACACCCAGCUGUGUCUUCUCACGACACCCAGGGUUUGAGGACCCAAAAGCCAGGCUUAGAAGAUUUACUCCCAACAGCAAAGCUAGGAAUAUAUGAAAGAUUUCACCUUGCAAAUUUACAUUUAACCAACGACUGGGAAUCUAUGAGGGCAUAUAAAGAGCGGAGAGCAUGUUAUGAUGGACACAACCAAGUUGGUUCUGUUUCCCAUAAAGUAAACAUUCCCAUCAAAAGAAAUCAAGGAUGUGAAUCAAAUAAGGAAAAACCAAUUUCAGAUGACGAAUUUCAAUCAUUAACAUUUGCAGAUAAGUCAGAAUAUUCAGACUAA